AGGCCUUGCUCCCCUCAGGCCCGGCUCCCCUCCUCAGGCCCGGCCCUCCGGAGGAGGAGGAGGAGGAGGAGCCGCUCUUGGGUCCCUGCCUUGGCCUGCCCUGCCGGCUCGCCCCCGGGCCCCGGGGUUGACCUCGGGGUUCCCCUUCUGCUGCGGGCACAGGACCGGCCGCAUCAGCGGAGGCGCGGGGAUCGGGGGGGCCCGGCCCUGAGCCGCCCUCCCCCCCGUCCACCGUCGACGGGGGCGGAGGAGAAUUCGGGGAGCCGCCACUCCAGCCCCGACCUUCGGAGCCGCCGACCGGACUGCCCGGGAAGGGGGAGCCGCCGCCGUCAACACCCUGACGCCCCCCGCGACCGGAGAGAAGGUCCCGGGGCGGGGCGGGCGGGCCUGCCCCCAUGUUCCUGAGGCGCCUGCCCGCCUGGCCGUCCCGGCCCUGGGGCCGCCAGAGAGCGGGGCCCGGCCCCCCGAGCUCCCCGGAGAACUCCGGGAGCGAGUGGGACAGCGCCCCGGAGCCGCCGGGCGACGGGGAGGGCGGGCGGGCUGAGCCGCCCUCCCCGUCCCGGGCCGCCGAGGAGCCGGGCCGCCGGCGGGGCCUGCUGGGGUGGCUGCGGGCCCGCCGGGCCGGGGAGCUGGGGACCGGGCCGCAGUUCUCGGGGGGCCUGAGCCCCGCCGAGCGGCUCCGCAUCUGCCCCAACCUGACCCGCCACCUCCUGGACCUGCUGCUGUCGGCCGUGCUGGCCCUCAGCUCGCCGCCCCUGCGGCUGCUGCUGGAGGCCCUGGGCUUGCGCGGGCCCGCCGGCCUCUGGCUGCACGGCCUGCUCUCCUUCCUGCUGGCCCUGCACGCCCUCCACGCCCUGCUGGCCCUGCUCACCGCCUACCCCCUCCACUUCGCCUGCCUCUUCGGACUCCUGCAGGGCCUGGUCCUGGCCGUCAGCCUCAGGGAGGAGGAGGAGGAGGAGGAGGAGGAGGAAGCUUGGAGGGAGGCCGGGGAUGGGAGCCCAGAGGCCUGGCCCGAUGGGCAGGACGAGGAUGGGCGGGAGGGGACCCCGACCCUCUGACCCCAGAGACCCCGGAGUGGCCACGGUGGACGGGGACGGAUGGAGACCCGAGCUCGACGGGGUGGGAGGGCUCGGCCCCCGAGUUCACCGGCCGCUGUUCCACCUUCGCUUUCCUUUUUCCUCUUUUGUAAAAACCAAAAAAGGCCCCCGUGAGGGAGGCGUCGGGGUGGGCCCCCGGGGAGGCCCUCCCGUUGUUGGCCCAGCACCAGCCGCGACGCCCCGCCGUCUCCCUCCCCGAGGAACCACUAUAAAGGGAACUUGCCAC